UCUGCCUCCAGCUACAGGUGACCAGGUACCCCUCUUGAUGGUGAAUCAAGGAGCAAAGAAGCGCAAAGAAGAGAACAUCCGGCAUAUGAGGACACUCCAUCACACAAUCCUUUUCUGUAACGUUGUUUAUCUCUUGGUGAGAUUUGGGAUUUUCUACUCUAGUUUGUCGUGGAUGCACGGGGGUGGGCUAGUAUUCACUUCUAUAGCCUACUUUUUGCCUUACCAACAGUUGACCGCCAUGGCUAAGCCUAGUUACGGCUCUGAUGGCGAACUCCUUGACGGAGGAUAUGAUAUGAGUACUGGAGGAGUUUGCGGAUACUUGCAUGAUGUAAUCUAUAUCACCUGUUUUGUUCAACUUGCAUCUAUCUUGUCGGGCAAGUUUUGGUACACAUACCUAGUGGUAAGCUUCACAUUUUCUUUUUUCCCCUUCCUAACAAACAUCAGCUUCAUUACAGUGUCAUUGUUAAUUAGGCAUGUAGUUAGUAAGAUUAAGUUUGUACUUUUUCUGACGCGUAGCUUUUAAACUAGUACAAACUCGCCAACCUUUAAUAGGUUGCCAGAGAUAGAGCCAUAGAGGUUUUCUUAUGCAAGUGAAUGUGCUACACAUUUUUUAGUGGCUUUCUUAAUGAAUGCAAGUGCCGUAAUGAUAGGAACUCAAUACGACAGCCAGUUCAAUUUUAUAAUAAAGUCUACCACAGGAGGAGUAGAAAGGCAGUUAGUCAUGACUAACUAGCAUGUUAGUUUUGUUGUUCCCUGCGUGGACAAUUUUACUAUAAAUAGAAGCUUAUGAACUAGAAGAAGGAGGCGGUUAAUUUGUCAUUGGCUGGUAGCUUGGAGAUUGGGCAUCUCGAACUGUCCCACCCCUGUACUCCUUUACCGAGUUUCUCUCUCUCAAUAAAUUGUUGUGAUCUGUUCUAGCUACAUUUUCCUUAGAAUUGUGAUUGUUCUGUGUUCAUUACUACCAGUGUUCUAUCAUGUAAUCUACUGGUCAACUUUUCCUUUUGAUGUUGAUGAGUGGUACCUGCAUGAGUGCAUGUGAAUGUGCAUGGAUUUUAUGUUUUGUAUAUGAAGAUUUGUAUGUGCAGUAUACAAAUCAUCUGGAUUCCUGAAAGGAUUUUUGUCAAGUGGUUCUGAGAAUGCAGAAGAAGAUGAGAAGACUCAGAAAAAAAGAGAGAAGAUGGAAAGAAAGGCUUCAAGAACUAAGUUUGUCAAGGCGAAAGGCCGAUGAUGAUGCACUGUCAUUGAACAGACCAGUUGAUGCUCUUUACGGUUGUGAUUGCUGGUUUAAACUUGUAACAUUAUACUCCGUAGUUGUCAACCUGACCUGACCAUCUGGAGAUGUAUUUCAAGUUUUUACAUUUGAAUGGAUAAAUCAAUGUUUUUAAAUGUUUUAAUAGGAAAAUUACAUUUACACACAAAAUUAGUACACAAAUUGUACACG